AUGGAGACUCGGAGGCCAUCCCGCAGCGGCAACAACUUCGACCGGACAUAUCAGCGGACUUACAAGGCAUGCAUCUCUUGUCGGCAAAGAAAGGCUAAAUGUGAUCUGGGGACUGGUCCGGAUGGUCUGCCUCUAGGUCCUCCCUGUGCGAAGUGUCGUAGAGAACAGAAGCCGUGUGUGUUUGACGAGAAGAGGGCAUGGGAGCGGUCGAAGAAGCGAGGGCGGUCAGAAGAUGAUACUUCAACGCCAUCACGGACACAACCUAGGUUGGCUACUGCUGCUGCUGCGCACGGCGAUGCUGUUUCAUAUCAGCCGCCGGCACCUGCACAGGGACCUAGCCCUGUAAGCCACAACACCAGGCACGCAGAUAGGGCUGGGAGCCCGCAACAAUCAUACGAUCAUGACAACCGGUCAAAUAGAACGCAGUCCUCCUCCAACCUGGCCAACUCAAUGAUGCGGACGGUCGUUUCUAGCGGGAAUGAUGCUCUCAAUAUUCUCUUUGAGGCCGCCACCGCCCAAAGUCAGCCAGACAGCUUGAAUGAAUCAGACUCUCUACCUGACAAUGGGCGGACCCUGGCAGGUCAUGGUAGUACUCGCGAUCAUCUGAUGAAGCAAGUGGACCUGGCGGUUUCUCCGGCGAUCUUGGAGAAGGCCAUGCGUCCGGUUGAGCUGUCUCAGGUGGUAAAGGAGGUGCUGAGUGUCUGGGAGGCGUGCAGAUUCGUUAAGAUGGGCUGGUUCACGGCUCGAGAGGCCGUGACGCUUAUUGAUCUCUUUUUCAAGAACAUGUCGAUUCUAUCUCCAGUCCUGACGGACUUCUAUGCCGAUCACAAGAACCAUCGUUGGCUCAUCUCCCAGGACCCUGUCCUCUGUUGUACGAUGUUAAUGAUAUCGUCCCGGUACCAUGUGCUGCCUGGGGCUGGUGGCCAGUCACGGAAUUUCUUUAUCCACCAUAGGCUAUGGCAGCACUGUCAGCAGCUGGUAACGAGACUCACCUUCGGGCAAGAAAUCUCUUCGCAGCCGAAGAUCCGCAACAUCGGUACAAUAGAAGCCCUGUUGCUCAUGUCCGAUUGGCACCCUCGUUCGCUCCACUUCCCUCCGGAGAGUGACGGUUGGGAUUCCGACCUGGUUACAGUAGAUCACGAGCCCCAAGAACAGGCUGACAGUAGCGAUGUGUCCGAGAAUAGAUGGGCAAAAGAUAUGAUCGAGCCUGCUAAGCGAUCCGAUCAAAUGUCAUGGAUGCUUCUCGGAUCAGCAUUGUCGCUCGCGUAUGAAUUGGGCAUCUACGAGACUGGAGAUAAAGGGCGCAAUACCUUUGCGGUAUAUGAACGCUUCAUGACGCAGGACCAGAUACGGCUGCGUAGGCAGCGGGUGCAGCGGCUGUUGUACGUAUAUAUCAACCAGAUGGCAUGGCGCAUAGGCUGUGUGUCCCUCAUGCCACAGGGUCUGAGCCACUCGAUCAUCAAUCGACAGACAGCAAGGGAGCUGAGUCAAUCGGGAGAAGAAUGGCUGACGUUCAUGGACUCCUGGAUGGACUUGACCAAACUCGCCAAGUCUGUCACGGACAUGUUCUUCCCUUCUGUUUCGUUUGCGAGACAACAGCUACAAAGCGGCCGCUAUAUCGAUUUGCUCGAUCAUUUUCGUCCACUUCUUGACAAAUGGAAGGAACGAUACCUACAGCCACAGCUGCAUGACAAGCCGUUCUAUGACGAUAUUUUCAUCGAAUAUCACUUUGUCCGUGUCUAUACCCACUCGGUAGGAAUGCAGGCUGUAGUAGAGCGCGCCCUUGCAGACUGCAACGCCGAGGGAGAAGUUCGCUCCAUGAACAUCGACCCAAUUGACCACGAGUAUAUUCAAGAAGUCAUCGAUGGCUGCUGCCGAAUAUUGGAAAAGGUCACUCAGCUUGCUGAAAUUGGAGCACUGCGGUUCUCGCCGGUCCGGAUAUUCAUCAAAAUCACAAGUGCCUCCAUAUUUCUGAUGAAAGCUCUCAGCCUGGGUACUCGCCAGGCAACGCUCCGCGAAUCAUUGGAUAUUCUUGAGCGGACGAUUCAGGCAUUGAGAUCAAACGCCUUGGAUGAUAUCCAUUUAAGCACGCGAUAUGCUACCCUUUUAGAAACCCAUGUAUCACGGUUGCGCCGGAACCUGUUAGCCUCAUCCAAAGCUAUCAGAAAGCGGCAUGCGUCUAGCACACGGCACUCCCUGGCGCCCCCAUUUUACAUAAAUCACACCAGUGACGAAAAUACCCCACUGGGAAUGAAUCCUCCCGUUCCCCAGAGUAUAUCAGAAAUGGGGUUUACUCCAUCCCUGAAUGACAUCGCUGCCGAUGACUGGCUCUCGCUUCCAUUUGACCCAUCCAUGGCGCCGUUUGGUAUCAACAACAGCGGACAGCUUCCAGCCUACGAGUGUGGAGCUUUGGAUUUUAUCUGGAAUUUGCCGUCAUGA